UUGGUGCGAAUCAUUCUAAAGCUACUAGUGUAAAUAGAAACUACAGCAACUGCCCUGAAGAUGAUGUGCGGCUUAGUCUUCCACUGAGUUUGGCAACCAAACUUACUCCAGGACUUUCUUCGUCUUUAGAAGACGUAAGAGGAGCGCAUCAAGGAAGCCUUGACAUUAAGAAUAAAAGCAGUCGCUCCAGGAGGCGAACUACACUUCCUAAGCGCCGGUUUUCGGAUUUGCAUUUGCACAUCCUCUUGUGUCCUACAAGAGCUUCGUUUUGUGGAAAUGGUGGUAGCAGUGAUGAUAUGCCCCUGACAGUAUCUACUCAAAGGGCACACCGCUCUCUGCCAGAAUCUCCUAGCGAAAUUGAUGAAGUACCCUCUUUCUGUUUUGAUUUCUUGGAAAAAGGCGCCAGAGAAAAAGUGGUUUCAUCGUCCAGAUCUGUGUUUUAUGUUCCUGUCGACGGCGAUGCAAAAAACGAAGAACCAAAAGAAGGAAAUUCGUCGACCACUGCCAAUUCAACCAAAGAAUCGAAAAGUUCUCCCCUAGUGCUGCCAUCUGUGAAUGCAAAUAGCAACGAAACACAUACUCGAGAGCAACCGGUAGUGUUGGAGGAGAACGAGACUUUGAGUCCGGAGCAGUAUGAUACAGAUGAAGAUGUUUUAGAAAAUGAUUAUGAAAACUUGGAUCCUAUUUAUGAAGAACUUUCGGACAUUUCCAAUUCAUCAAAACGAAUAAUUUCUCUCGAAUCGAACCAGAAAUCAUUUUUCGAAGGAGCGUCGAAGACCGAUAUUUUAAGCUACUUAGAAGAUGCUAAAGAGCGUGGACUUUCCGAAGGACUUUCAGAAGAUGAGAAAGUGAUUAUUGAGGAAGAAGAAGAGGAUGAAAAAGUGCUAAGUGGAGAGGAAGAAGAUGUUGGCGAAAAGAACCGAGUGAUAGCCAACAAUAGCUUGAAUCACAAAGAAGUGUUGUUGAAAAUAGAAGAAGUAAAUGAAAAAGCUGAAGAGCAAGAAACUGUUGAAACUGAUGUUACCAAGAAUUCUCGUAUUUCGGAAGUUGAACGCAAUGACAGCGGCGUAGGGACUGAGACCAGCAAGCCAUCUAGAAUGAAAGUAUUGCCAGAAGACUGGGAAGAACAAUUAUGUGCUGAUUGUGAUAAUCAAGUUGAACCAAUUGAGGAGGAAUCUUCCGGGCUUUUGUUCAGUCCACUUGUUUGUCGCAAAUGUGAAUUUCGUCGAAGCGAGAGGAAGGAGAUAAUAAUAGAGUUUGUGGAUACUGAAUUAAAGUACGGUAGAGAUUUGAGAAUUAUAACAGAGGAAUUUUACCGCCCGAUGGAAAUAGCUGGAUUGCUCGCAAAAGACCACCUGUUGAGUAUAUUUCUCAACUUAGAAGAACUAGUUGAAGUGAAUACUAAAUUCUCGGAAAAACUCCAGGAUGCUUUGGAUAUUGCAAUGGAACAUGGAGAUGAAGAUUAUACAACUGUGAAUAUAGGAAAAAUCUUCUUGGAAACAUCUAAUAUGUUGCACGCAUUUGAAACUUACUGCGUGAAACAGGCUUCAGCCUCAGUAUUAUUGAGCCACUUGGAAAAGGAGAAAGAAUUGCUCAGAAUUUUUUUGAGGGUUUCGCAAAUGGAAAAUACACUACUAAGACGUAUGAACCUGCCAGCUUUUCUGAUGGUACCAGUUCAGCGAGUCACAAGGUACCCACUUCUCUUGAGUCGCUUGCAUAAGGUGACACCGAUUCAUCAUAAAGACAGGAAUGCUGUUAAAGAAGCGCAGCAAAAAGUCGAGUUGCACCUUGAGCAUAUAAAUCAACAAACUAAAGGAGUUGGAGGAACAAAAAUUUGGCGGAGAAUUUCAAAUAUUUCUGCAUCACAUCGAAGGCUUGGAAAAGAUAUAGGAAGCAUAAAACUCAGAAAGAUGGCUUUGGAAAUCUUAAAUUGGAAGCAAGAUGAAGCACGAUUUGUGAUGGCUGGAAAACUUUUGUUCACGCAAAUAACCGACUAUCCGUGGAAUAAAAAGGGGAAAACGAUUAAGUUUGCUCCUCUUCAUGCUCUUUUAAUCGCUCUUGGCAAACCAAACUCCAACUACAGGCCAGAGAGUACUGCUGAUAAUCCAGUACUUUUCCCGAGAAAUACUGGGAUCCGAGACGCAAGUUUGGUGCUUAUGAAAGAAAAAAAUGGCCGUUUCGUUGUAGUCAGGGAGCCACUGUAUCUUGGAAACUGUGUGAUAAGUUGCGAAUCAGAAAAUGAUGAUGUAUUUGAAAUCCAAGAAUACACAACAAAAGAAGCUUAUUUAUUGAAAGGAGAAAGUAAGAAAGAAACUAAAGAAUGGUUGCGGCAGCUGAGAUACCAUGCAAAAGAUUUGGGAUCGUGGCGCAAGCGAAGAAAUGCUCUGGCUAAUAUCAUGAUCAACGGAAUGAUUAGACAGUAAUUUGGAAAUUGAAACAAUUCAAUUAGCAAAAAGAAAGGAAAUGGCCAUGCUUGUGAGCCAGUGAAAGACAUUCGAACUGUUAAACCUUUCUUUCAUGACGCUUUAACGGAUAGAAAUGACAGGAUGCGGCCAUGAUCUUUCGCUUCAACGGAUAGAAAUGGGAGAACGCGGCCAUGAUCUUUAUAUUGUUCCUUUUAAUACGCAAAUGUCUUUGAGUCUCGUUCAUUACAAGUCCUUCCCCCUAUCUGUGAUGUUCAACAUUCCAUGGUUUUAGAGACGGUGAGGCUUGAUCUUUGAUAGCAGUUAGUGAUGAAACUCUACAGUCUUGGAUCUAGUCUUUUUAUUUUUGUAAAUGUUUAAAAUGGUUGUUCGAUGAAGUUUUCACAAUUCAUUGCUCAUAUGAAAUUGGCUUUGUAAGCAAAUAUUUUAUAACGAAAGCUUGAGUAUUUUAGCAACUGUCUUGCAUAAAAAUGUUAAUAAAUUAUCACUUGCUUGU